AUGUCGGACCUCAGCGAUGACUACCUCCUCGACGAUGAUGUCGAGGAUACCAUGGACGAGGACUCGGUCUACGGCGACUACGACCAGGGCGUCGACGACUCGGAAGAAGAGCGGGACGAUGACCUAGGCUUUGGCGUCGCCGAGGACGCAUUUGCUGGUGGCGACACGGCUGCCGAGCGCUCCAAGAGCUAUCAAGUCGAAUACAAGUCACACACGAUCGGGUCGAUCGAACAAGCGCAGCAGAAGGAGGUCGAGCACGUCGCCAGCAUGUUCAUGAUCAAGGACACCGAUGCCGCCAUCCUGCUUCGCCACUUUGGCUGGAACAAAGAGCGUCUCAUCGAGCGCUUCAUGGACUCACCCGACAAGGUCAACCUCGAGGCGGGCGUGCACGACGACCCAGCGCGGCCGAAGCUUCAGAAGCUGCCCGACUUUACGUGCGAGAUCUGCUACAUGAGCUCCGACGACUCGCCCGACGGUCAAAUGGAGACGCUGGCACUCGCGUGCGGCCACCGCUACUGUCGCGACUGCUACCAGCACUAUCUGGAGCAGAAGAUCCGCGCCGAGGGCGAGUCGAGGCGCGUGCAGUGCAUGCGCGAAAAGUGCAACCUGGUCAUUGACGAACGCACCGUCGGACUCGUAGUGGUGCCAGAGGUGUUUGAACGCUACAAGAUCCUGCUCAACCGCACGUAUGUCGACGACAGCAACGUGCUUCGAUGGUGUCCGGCGCCCAACUGCGAACUGGCGGUGGAGUGCCACGUGUCGAACAAGAUGCUCAACAAAGUUGUACCUUCGGUGCGAUGCGACUGCGGCCAUGCGUUCUGCUUUGGAUGCGGCAAUGCGGCCCACGCGCCGGCCAUCUGCCCGAUCGCCAAGCUGUGGCUCAAGAAGUGCGAAGACGACAGCGAGACGGCCAACUGGAUUUCGGCCAACACCAAGGAGUGCCCCAAGUGCAACUCGACGAUCGAGAAGAACGGCGGAUGCAACCACAUGACCUGCCGCAAGUGCAAGUACGAGUGGUGCUGGAUCUGCGCGGGACCAUGGUCGGAGCACGGCAAUUCGUGGUACAACUGCAACCGCUUCGACGAGAAGAGCGGCGCCGAGGCGCGCGACUCGCAGGCCAAGUCGCGGGCGCAGCUGGAGCGCUACCUGCACUACUUUAACCGCUUUGCGAACCACGAGCAGUCGGCCAAGCUGGACCGCGACCUGUACGGGCGCACGGAGAAGAAGAUGGAGGAGAUGCAGCUGACGACGGAUCUGACGUGGAUCGAGGUGCAGUUCCUCAAGAAGGCGGUGGACGAGCUGUGCGAGUGCCGCAUGACGCUCAAGUGGACGUACUGCAUGGCGUACUACCUCGCGCGCAACAACAUGACGGAGCUGUUUGAGGACAACCAGCGCGACCUGGAAAAGGCGGUGGAGGAUCUGUCGGAGCAGCUCGAGAAGCCGAUCGAGCCCAAGACGAUCCCCGAGCUGCGGCAGAAGGUGACGGACCUCACGGUGUACGUGCACAAGCGCCGUGGCAUCCUGCUGUCCGACACCGCCGAAGGCUUCCAAGAGGACCGCUGGUCGUGGAACGUGACCUUCUGA